CGACGACAUCAACGUGAGGCUGUUUUUAUACCCACCACAAACCCUAGAGCCGUGGGCUCUGAUGGGCCAGCUCGGUGUAACCGAAGGCCCAUGUUAAUGACGGGCCGCUUCGUCUCCCAAGGCUCGUCAAUGCCAAUCGCAGUGUGGCGGCCGCAGCCGAGGCGAACCAUGCCGGCGUCCGCCGUCUUCCGCCGCCUCGCCAUCGGCCUCCGCCGCCUUGCCACGCUCCCGGAGUGCUCCGCGGCCGCGGCGGGGGCUCCGCAGCACCCGACCUCGAAGGACGCCUACUUCGCGGCGGUGCACCACCUCUCAACCAUCGUGCGGCGCGAUUUCUACCUGGAGCGCACCCUGAACCGCCUCCGCCUCCCGUCGCCGUUCCCGCCCGACCUAGCGCUCCGCGUCAUCCGGGCCGCCGCCCCCACCGCGCCUCUGCACGCCACGCGCUUCCUCGCCUGGCUCCGCGCCAAGCCGUCAUUCGCCGCCUCCGCGGAGCAUUUCGACGCGCUGCUCCUCCCGCUCGCGCGCGCACGCCUCUUCCCCCACCUUUGGUCCCUCGCCUCCGACAUGCGCGGCCUCGGUCUCCCCCUCUCGCCGACCACCUUCUCCGCGGUCAUCUCCUCCUACGGCCGCUCCCGCCUCCCCGACCAGGCCGUCGAGGUGUUCAACCGCCUCCCCCGAUUCGGCUGCCCCCAGACCACCGAGGUCUACAACGCCCUCCUCGACGCGCUCUGCGCCAACGGCAACUUCGCCGGCGCCUACAAGCUGCUACGCCGCAUGUCGCGCAAGGGCGUCACCCCCGACCGCACCACGUUCAGCACCCUCGUCGACUCCUGGUGCGCGGCGGGGAAGCUCCGGGAGGCGCAGGCGUUCCUCGACGACAUGGCGAGCCGCGGGUUCCGCCCACCUGUGCGGGGCCGGGACCUCCUCGUCGACGGGCUCGUCCGCGCUGGGCUCCUGGAGGAGGCCAAGGCCUUCGCCCUCCGCAUGACCAAGGAGGGCGUCCUCCCCGACGUUGCCACAUUCAACUCGCUCGCCGAGGCGCUCUGUAAUGCUGGAGAUGUGGAGUUCGCCGUGGCUCUUCUUGCCGACGCUUCCAGUCGCGGCCUGUGCCCGGACAUCUCAACAUACAAGGUGAUGCUGCCAGCUGUGGCCAAGGCUGGCCGAAUUGAGGAGGCAUUCCGGUUGUUCUAUGCAGCUGUCGAGGAUGGUCAUCGGCCGUUCCCAAGCCUCUAUGCAGCGAUCGUCAAGGCACUUUGUAAGGCAGGGCGAUUUGCUGAUGCCUUCGCCUUCUUUGGUGAUAUGAAGACGAAGGGGCACCCACCGAAUCGGCCUGUAUAUGUUAUGCUUGUCAAAAUGUGUGUGAGGGGCGGUCGGUUCAUAGAGGCUGCUAACUACCUCGUUGAGAUGAGUGAGGCUGGGUUUGAACCACGGGCACCGACCUUUAAUGUCGUAGUUGAUGGGCUGCGACAUUGUGGGAAGCAUGACCUAGCCCGGAAAUUGGAGCAGCUUGACAUGUCCGUGAAGGGAAAUUGAAUGUAUCAGGAACUAGAUGUGGAUUCCCUUUGCAAGUUGUGUGGCACUGCUGCUGGAUUUUCAGUCUUUCAGAGUGGCCUGGGUGAGGAUUACAUCAUGAAUUUUCCGUCUUGUUGGCACAGUGCUUCAGAUUGGCCUUGGUGAGGAUCCAGUGUUCAAAUAAUCUACAGUAGGUGGAAAGUUGACCUGCAACAGCAUUGCUGGUACCAUGCAAUGAGAAAUUACCCUUAACUUAGGGUGUCUUAAGCCAAGUCAAAGUGACGCAUAAUUGACUAGCUUGAUGCAACCAGGUGUGUGGUGGCUCCAUGGUUGAUAGCAGGCAUUGCCGCUUGAAGUUGUCUGUGAGGCAUUUCUCUAGAAUUUGAGCACGCAGGAUCUACCUGGAAAGGAAAAGCUGUAGGGUCACGGUGGAUUGCGUCGUUGUAUGUCCUGUUGGGUGGCUCAGAUCUUUGAUAUUCAGAAAAAGGAGCUUGUUUUCAGAAGGAGUCCAUUAAGAACCUUUUGUCAUAUCAUGGUUGUGCUAUUAACAACGAAUUUCCCUGUGCUGCAAAUGUGGGAAGUGAAGGAUUGUGAAGACAGGAGCUCAACUGCAACAGCGCGCACUGCUGGAGAAUCAAGAUAGAAGAAGCUGCAAUCCCAGACAAAUAUUUUCAUGGUAGCUGAUGUGAGGGGGGGACAGGGAGCUGCUGAAGGCUGAUAUAGUCUCCAUUUUUUUGUCUGAGUUGCAAUUUAUGGUUGGUAAACUUUGAACCAUUUGAUAGUUUUUCUUGUAAAAUGUCAGUGGUUUGGUAACUUGUUAAACUUUCGUUCCGUGGGAAAACUUGCGUUCUGAGGACUGAAUGGUCAACCUCAAACACAAUGUUACAGUGCUUCAGAUUCUUGUUAGAAUUUUUUUUUCUGCUUGCCUGUACAGUUGCUGUGAAAUUACCACGUUCCAAAGAGGCCCAUAACACAUGUAAAACUGAAUUCUCGGUUGUUUUUGGGCAUCCUGAUC